AUGCGUUGGAGAAUGUCUUUGUCUCCAUAUGAUAUCCAUGAUCGUCGUGGCCAAUGUAAUAGUGAUCCAGAUAGAUUUACUCGUGUUAGAUGUGCAGCAAUAAGUUCAGAAUCAUUAUAUGAUUUGCAUACUGCACUUUGCCAUCUUGGUGUUAUUCGCCUCCAUCAUUUUAUCCGAUCAAGAAAUCUCCCUUAUUUAGCAGAAGAUGUAAAACAAAUAUGUCCAUUACCUUUUUCAACCCCUGAACAAUAUAUGCUAACAAUUCUAGACGAAUACUCACGUUUUCCAUUUGCUUAUUCUGUAAAAGAUAUGACAACUCAGACAAUAAUAAACUGUUUAACUGAUCUUUUUUCCAUGUUUGGUAUGGCUAGCUAUGUCCAUUCGGAUCGUGGAACCUCAUUAAUGUCUUCUUAA